GGUUUAGCAUGAAGGAGAAGGGUAAAGAGAUCGUCUAUAAAAGUGAAAUAAAGAGAACCAAAGGAAAGAUUUACGAGUGGAAAAAAGAAGAAUAUAUGGUGUGGUGGCAAGACCAGUUAUAUUUUUAUUAUCAACUGGCAUAUUUUGUAAAGCUAGUUGAGUGAAUAUGUUUGACAUCUGAGAGCAAACGAAAAGAGAUGUGAAAAAAUGUCGGAUAAAAGUGAAACUCGGUGAUCUAAACUGGACAAAUAUACAACAGUGAAGGAAAGAAAAUUCGGUAGAUUAUUAACAUUGCUUUUUGGAAGGUCACGAUCAUCAAUAACCACUGCGUCAGUAGAUAGUUAAUUGAAAGAGGGGAACCUGUAAAGCUUGAUCUCAUACAGGUCAACACGUACGCACGAUACAAAAGAAAAGGAGAACACGUACGGUGAAAUAACUUGAAGAGAUCGCACGUAUGCUACAAUUCUUUGAAAAAACUUACGAAUGGGGCACGGGUGCGUCUACGAGAUGAAAUUUUACGCACGAAUGGAAUACCUUUGUUAUUGUUGUGCAUAUUGAUUUUUAACGCGCGAACCAUAAUUUCGAUAUUUAUUUUAUGUUACAGAAAGAUGUUUAUUAUUUUUUUUAUUUGUGACUGUGAUUAAAACGAAUAUUUUUGGUAGCUACAAUCAUCUUUCUUCAAUGAUGUCAAGUUAUUAUUAUUGUUUGUAACAUUAACUUUUCUUAGAUUGAAAUAUGAGUAGUACGGAACCAUCUACAACUUUGAUUGCUAAUAUGACGUCCACAACUGUCACUGCAAUUUCUGAGAAAACAGCUCCAAUUUUCUUACAAACACGAGCAGCUCAAGGUAUUGCUGGUGCAUUUGUUUGGGUUGCAUUAUUUUUAACUUGUCAACAGAUUUAUCAACACUUAAGGUGGUAUACUAAUCCAACAGAGCAAAGAUGGAUAGUUAGAAUUUUGUUUAUAGUACCAAUUUAUGCUACUUAUUCUUGGGUGUCUCUACUAUUUUUCUACAGUGAAAGUUAUUAUGUUUAUUUUUUUACUGUUCGAGACUGUUAUGAAGCAUUUGUUAUAUAUAACUUUUUGUCAUUAUGCUACGAGUACCUGGGUGGUGAAGGAAAUAUUAUGUCUGAGAUACGUGGCAAACCUAUUCGUUCUAAUUGUUUAUAUGGAACAUGUUGUUUAGUUGGAAAAACAUAUACAAUUGGUUUUCUUAGAUUUUGCAAGCAAGCUACUUUACAAUUUUGCUUGGUAAAACCAGUAAUGGCAUUUGUCAUUAUAUUUCUUCAGGCAUUUGGUCAUUAUAGAGAUGGAGAUUGGUCUCCAGAUGGAGGCUAUAUCUAUAUAACUAUAAUUUAUAACAUCAGUGUAUCUCUUGCACUUUAUGGACUUUUUCUUUUCUAUUUUGCUACAAGAGACCUAUUAACACCAUUUGAACCUGUCUUAAAAUUUUGUACUGUUAAGAGUGUUAUCUUUCUUUCAUUUUGGCAAGGAGUAUUAUUGGCUAUUCUUGAAAAAGCAAAUGUAAUUUCUCCUAUAAGCUUAGAUCAAUCAACUAGUGCAGGAACUGUUUCUGCUGGUUAUCAAAAUUUUUUGAUUUGUAUUGAAAUGUUAUUUGCUGCUAUAGCUUUACGUUAUGCAUUUCCUUAUCAAGUGUAUUCAGCUGGUUGUGUUACGGAUUCAAGAGGAAGAAGUGUAACAAUGCAAAGCAUUAGCAGUAGUUUAAAGGAAACUAUGAAUCCAAAAGAUAUAAUGACUGAUGCCAUCCAUAACUUUCAUCCACAAUAUCAACAGUAUACCCAGUAUAGUUCUGACGUUAAUACCAACUUGCCGUAUGAAAAACUAUGAAAACACGAGGCAUCGUUUUUUAAUUUCAAGAAAUUGGACAUGAAGCAUAUAUUUUUAAUGGAGAUUGAAAAAUUUUUUAAUAUAAUUCAUUAAAAUUUACAUUAUAAUUUACAUAAUAUUUUAAGUUUAAAUCAAAUUUUAGAGUGGACAUAGUGUUCUCUGUUCAAAUUAUGAUUUAAGAUUUAUAUUAAAACCAAUAUACAUAAACAUAUACAUAAUUAUAUGAUUUAUUAAUUUUGCAAUUAAUAAAAUUUACUGUACAAUAAAAAAUAAACACUUAACAUAGGAGCACUUAGAGUACAGUGUAAUUUCAUAAAAAAAUUUAUUUUUUAAUAAAUGCAAAAGACAAAUAAUAA